UGUUUGUUUGUCUUUUCAGAUUCUGUGGAAAAUGUGCGUCGAAAUUGUCCGAAAUGUCCAAUUCUGGUGCCUCUGAAUGACCCUCAUGUGGUACAAUCGGUUGAAUACGUGCUCCAUAAACACAAUGAAAAACAGCCUAACCAUGCUUAUGAAGUCCUUGAGAUUUCAAGAGGACAGCACCAAUAUGAGCCUGAAGCUUUCUACGUGGAGUUUGCUAUUGUGGAGACCAACUGCUCUGCUCAGGAAGCUCAUGAUGACCAUCAUGACUGCCAUCCCAAAGUAGCUGGAGAAGCACAUAUUGGAUUCUGCAAAGCGACUGUUUUUAGAUCGCACGCUGCCCUUGAAAAACCUAAAGAUGAACAGUAUGAGUCGGACUGUGUCAUCUUUGAUGUCAAGGAGGGACAUUCUCACACCCAUUUGAUUGAGCAUCACUAUGGAAAAAAUAUUCCUUCACCAGGACACAACAAUGUUGUCCUGGACCUCGUCCAUUCGCACAAUCACACAAGCUCCUCGCAUGAGUCUCAUUCUCGCGAAGGUGUGGUAGAAGUGAUAGCAGUCCCACUUCCUGUGGCCAAAAGAGAAGCGCCAACAAAACCUCCACCCUUGUGUCCAGGAAAAGUACAUCACUUCAAGUUGUAGGCCAGCCAUGCCAGGGAGCAGAGAGAAGCCGCCCAGUUAGUGCCAAAACCCUUUUCCAAAUCUGAACUCAAACCUUGAAUCCAAAAAGGAGUUUUACUCUGAUACAUUAUAGUAUUGGCCAAGUAUUGUGAUCCCCCGUUGUUGUUGUUACAAGGAAGAGGCUUUGCAUUUGUGCCUUUCUACUUUUAGAGAUGCAGAUCUCACUGCGAACUUAACGUCUUCCAGUCUCCCUCUGUUCAGCCAAGGAACGACUAGAAAG